AUGAAGUCUUAUGGUGGUUCCAAGAACCUUACACUUUUUAUACUAGCCACUCUUUCUACAAAAAUCCAGGCCGACGACAUACUCUAUUCUGCUUUGGACGUAUGUCCUGCCAGCUGUACUGGAAUCCCCGAGAGCUGGACCGUUUACAAUGAAGUUGGCCAUCUCACAGCUUGCGACCAACCCAUGCUUUUCGAUUGUGCAGUUUAUAACCCCCUCGAUAAUCCUCUGACGCAUACAAAGAUACGUGUAUGUAAAGCAGAGGCUUUGAUUUCUACGGAUAUUUCUCAAAAACCAAACACCGAAAGUCCAUCAUCAAAUGUGAGGGAUAAUGAGAAUCCGCUGUUAGCUACUUCAACUGGUUUUUCUGCAACCGAAAAAGAGGAAGUGGUGGAUUUCAUUACGACAGACACAAGACAGUCAUCGGCUGCUGAUCUGCUGGUGAUACUUCGGGUUGUGCAGAAGUAUUUUCAAGACGAGAAAGCUUGUGAUUCGAAGAUUAUAUUCGGUUACUUUCGAGGUGCUAUUGUUGGCAUUUACACAGGACCAAACAUCGACAAUCACGCAACAACCCCGUCUAUAAUUUCAAAUGUAAUUGAUCAGGUAACUUGCCCUCCAGAUCUCGAAAUCCGUGAGCUUCCGUCUAACUCAAGGUAUUCCACAGGUUCAACAAAACAGAUCCACAGAUAUGGUACUACAGCUUUGCGGUUCAGAGCGUACCUCAGAAAAUACACUUGGUGUGAUUACGGACACAAAAGGGCGUCUUGAAGGGUUUUCUUCUCUGCAAAAAGCUGUCCGUAGUUGGAGCGACGGAAAGUGUCACAAAUUCACAGGCACUACCACCAAUCUGAGCAAAAUUAGCAUCUGGGAAAGCAAACUCACGACACAUCAAAGCUCUAAUCAUCUCACUGGUCGUCGUUUGAAUCAGUUAAACCCUCGAACUGAUUGCCCAAUCGUUACUGUGGCAUCAGGGGACGGCUGUGGCUCACUAGCCACCAAGGUAUCUUCACCUCUUCCUCCUUCGUGGUUCACUUCGUGGUUCACUUCGUGGAUUUAUUUAUUUUGGAACAGUAAAAGCUGAUUUUUGUCCUUGCCUAUAGUGUUCCAUAUCACCGAGCGAUUUUACAAAGUACAAUCCGGACCCUAAAUUCUGCGCUAUGCUACAACCUGGGCAGAGAGUAUGCUGCGGAGCUGGGACAUUGCCAGAUACGAGGCCCAAAAAGAACAGCAAUGGUACAUGCGCAGCUUAUACCGUGGUGCCCGAUGACAACUGCUCCAAGCUUGGCGCAGCUAACGGCCUAACAAACAUUCAAAUAGAGAAUUUCAAUAACGGUACGACGUGGGGAUGGAGUGGAUGUAGUAAUAUUAUGGUCGGAACCAAGAUCUGCCUCAGUGAGGGAAAUGCCCCAAUGCCAGCACCGGUUUUCAAUGCCGUAUGCGGACCCACGAAGCCUGGUACAUUACCCCCAACAGGAACACAGAAGUUAUCAGACCUUAGUCCAUGCCCAUUGAACAUAUGCUGUAACGUUUGGGGACAAUGUGGGAUUAGUAAGUCUGCUCAAAAUUCAAUAUCCCUAGCCUUUAGCUUUCAUUCCCGCCUUUGGCUCCAGAACCUUAAAAUGCAGAUUGAUUGUGGAUGUUACUAACUUGGCCAUUCUUUAAGAUCCUGAAUUUUGCACAGAGGUUAGAGGGCCACCCAACAACCCUGGUACCUCACCACCGGGCACAAAUGGUUGUGUAGGAAAUUGCGGGUUAAAUAUUACCAAUAACGAAAAGGGUCCUGAAUAUCCCAUGUCCAUCGGUUAUUACGAAGCAUGGAACUUUGAUCGACCAUGCCUCCACAUGGAAGCCAAGGAUCUUGAUAUCAAAUCAUACACCCAUUUACAUUGGGCAUUCGGCACAGUAAAUCCAGAUUUCACGGUCACUGUCAACGACACUAACAAGCAAUUUACCGACUUUACAUCACUACUGAACGUCAAGAAGAUCAUCUCUUUUGGGGGAUGGGGCUUUUCGACGGAGCGUGCUACAUAUGACCUCCUACGACAGGCCAUGAAACCCGCAAAUGCCAACAAAUUCGCAAUAAAAAUUGUUUCCUUCUGCAUCGAACAUAUACUCGAUGGGGUUGACUUUGACUGGGAAUAUCCUGGGGUAGUUACUCUGUUCUUUUCGAACCACCGAAAAUGCUAACGAUCGCUAGGCUCCAGAUAUACCUGGUAUUCCUCCCGGAAAAGAUGAUGACACUACAAACUACCUCGCUUUCCUUAAACAAUUGAGGUAUCUAUUACCAACCCAUAUGACAAUCUCGAUUGCUGCCCCGGCCUCAUAUUGGUACCUGAAAGCAUUCCCCACAGCAGAAAUGGCAAAGGUGGUUGAUUAUAUCGUCUACAUGACCUACGAUUUGCAUGGCCAGUGGGAUUACAAUAGUACUUGGGCCAACCCUGGAUGUCCAAUGGGCAACUGUUUGCGCAGUCACGGUAACCACAUCUUCCACAAGCGUCCAUUUGCUUUCCUAACUAAAAUUUAGUGAACUUGACGGAGACGAUGUACUCUCUUUCGAUGAGUAAGUCGAAAGUGUAUUGGGCUCAAAAGUUUAUUGAAGCUAAUCUUACAACCCAAAUAGUCACAAAAGCUGGGGUUCCAUCAAACAAGAUCGCCGUCGGAGUUUCUAGCUAUGGACGCUCCUUCAAGAUGACAAACCCCGCUUGUACUGGUCCAGAAUGUACCUUCAAAGGCCCAGAGACCAAAGCUGAACCAGGACAAUGUACCCAAACUUCUGGAAUUCUAGCAGACGCCGAAAUAGCACAGUGAGUUGGCCCAUCAGUAUGAAAGUGACACCCCCAAAAAUUAUAGCCACUAUUUCAACCUUCUCAACGAAUUUAAAACCCCUGCUCGACAAACACUGACUGAAGAUGAUUUUCUUCAAAAUAGGAUCAAGAACAUUUUUCCAAAUACUACCACACGUUAUGAUGGCGUUUCAGGGUCAGACAUAUUGAUAUAUGGAAGUAAGAAUCCUUUACUAGAUUGUCUGUACUAAAGCUUACACUAACCAAUUUACCUUAUUAGCAACUGAAUGGGUUGCUUACCUAUCCGACAACAGUAAAAGGUUUCGCAAAGACACUUAUAAAAGGCUAAACUUUGCCGGUAGUGUUGAUUGGGCUUUAGACCUUCAGGCCCCCGUCGAGCUGGAUCUUAUGGGCUUAGAGAGUUAUGUUUCCCAAGACAACAGUACUUACAUAGAACAACUAUCUGGUGACGCCCAACCGCUUCCGGUAUGCUCAAGCAGCUAUAAAACGUUUGAACAGCUUGAAAAGGACGCGGAUACCAUCCCUGAUAACUGCCGAGCGUUAUAUGCACUUCAAGCACUAGAUUCUCUACUUACAGAAGCCCUUGCGAAUUACACAGACAUUAUGGCAAAAGGGUAUGAUUAUAAGUUCAAUGCUUACGCUGGUGCCGUAGUCAACGUAAGUCAAGACCUCCACCGCUUCAUUUUCAGCUUUUGAGGCUAUUGUUCAAACGAAUGAAUUUGCGCUGACACCCCUUCCUAUUUAGAGCGCCAGUAAAAAUGUCGUGGAUUUUUAUACUGAAGGGGGAAAUGGUAAUAAAUACUUCACGUGCGUCGUCGUCGAAAUGGAACAAUGCUGCUCUGAUUGUCACAAGUAUAAUCCAAAGCCCAACGACCCGCAUUGCCGAUACUGCCAUAAUUACUCAUGCAAGAAAAAAAGAGAAGAUGUGUUUUCAAUUGGUCUUGGUUCAGAGGAAUCCGAAAUCGUGGAGACCAGUCUUGUAAUCCGGGAAGGGGUGAGUAUAGCAACCCCUGCUGGGAGGCCAAAAUCCAACUACAAAAUGGUCAAUCACACCGAGCCUUGCCCACCAGAUUACUCAUUACGUUCGUCUUCGGGGCCGGAUUAUAAAGACACGGUGUACUGGUCCUUGAGAGAGGAUAAAGUAAGUGUAUUUUGGGCUGACCUUCUGGAAGCUACGGGCAUCACACCUGAAAAGUAAGUUCUUGUCUGAUCUAAACUGAAUACCAAGCACCUGCAAUAAAACUACAUAAAAACUUACAGUUUCCAUAGUAUCGCUUUCAAGAACAUACAGAAUUACCCCUGUGAUGGUUUUCCCCAAGAAGAAUGCAUCUACCAUGGACAAUGGGCGAUGAAUGUUCCAGCUCCUCAAGGGUACGAUAAGAGCGAUAUCUCAAAUCCGAAAGACCUUGUCAGCAAGGCAUUUGAGAAUUCCAAAAAGCUUGGCCCUCAAAUCAAAGAUCUGCUUUUUACCAUUCGAGUUGAUUCUUAUAUGGGAGAUCCCUUCGACGCAGUCGAUGCACUGGGUAUACCCAUUACAAUGAUAGCAGAUGCUGUGGCGAACAUGGCGACCGUUGCUGAUAUCGGGAAGGAUACAGAGGAUGUUGAGGCGAAGGCCAAACGAGAGAAGAUUAUUUUCGGCUUUCUUACUGCCAUAUUAAUUUUUGUGCCUGUAGCUGGGGAGGUGAUGAGUGCGGUUGCUGGAUUGGCGAAUAUUGGAAGGAUUGUCGCGCUCCUGGGCGUUGCUGGCAAUGCGGCGUUUGAUUCUUACACUAUUGUGAAAGAUCCCAAGAAUCUCUUGCUAUUUUCGGCUUGAUCCUCGAGCCUUUGGGGCUUACUGAUGCAAUUGCUCUUGCGAAAGCGGCACGUAUUGCCAGAAAUAUGGACGCGAAGGAUGC